AUGCAACAACUUAUGAUUCAGGACCCGGCCAAUCAGUACAUCUAUUUUCUGCCAAAAAUCCACAAAAAUCCAUUACAUCCACCCGGCAGACCAAUUGUCUCAGCUGCAGAAAAGAGGGUCUCAAAUGGUAGGUUCCAUGUAAGGCGAUUGGCCAGGAUGCAAGAAGCAUGUGUAAACAACAUGCCCGCUCGCUGUAGGCCCCCAUUUUCUGAGGCAGAGAAUGACAACAUAAUUGAAGCAUUACUCCAACAUCAUGCAGUCCUGAUGUCCAGAAGCUGGACCAAUAUAUCAAAAUGUGCAGCCCUGUGGGACAAAUUGGUCCAAAACCUUAAUGCAAUUGGGAGACACAAUCACAGCUAUGAGCAGGUGAGACACAGAACCAUGGACAUGAUUCAUGCUGCAAGGAAGCAUGCAGUUGAAGUGGCUCCUGAUCAUCAGGUCACUGGUGGUGGGCCUGCAGCAGAACAACCACUCACCACCAAUGAGGAAUUCCUGGCAAACAUUGCCACAUCGGACAGCCCCCAGCAAUCCAUUAGCCAGUACAUUCUGGAUGGGGGUGCCACUCCUGCAUCUCAGGAGGAGCUUCCAGGGAGUCUUCGCUGCUGUGAAAUUCGUCACCUGAGGCAUGUGUUAAUCAGGCCAGAUAAACCGGCUGAUGGGAAUUGGCUAACCUUACGCUUCAUGAACAGUUACGCUGGCACUGGAUUCGAACGACGAACACGGGGACAGUUAUUUGCCGGCAAUGAGGACUGGGCAUGGAAACAUCGAAGCAAAUAA